AUGGAUGCCGUUGCCGCCCUCCGAUUUGAGGGAGAAGAUUCCGCCGUGAACGUCGUAACCUACAUGGAGGGACAGCUGCCCGUAUACAUCAGGCGAUCUCUGGAUACGCACGUGGAGGAGACAGAGGAGGCCAAGAAGGACGGCCACGGUGGACCCAGGCGAGUGUUUCGAGCAAGGAGGACGCUUAGUGCACGUUCAUCUACACCAGCUAACCCGUUCUUGUUCGAGUAUCCGCUUGGCAAGGCGGCGGGGGGGGACAGGUUCGCGGACAAGGUCCGGAUAUACGCACUGGACGUGUGCCGCACCAAUGACGGAGAACUUUUGAACGAUAACCUCGUCGAUCUGUACCUGAGGAGCAUGCUCGGAGACAAGCAUGUAGAGAGGGGCAAAGGUGUCUUCGGCGUUCCACGCGGCGAUGCCGGCGAGAGUACCCGUGAUGCCGGCGCUGGAGCCGCAAGCAAUGAAUGGUAG